CAAAGUUCUCCAAAAUAGGAAAACAGAUUUCUCUCAUGGUGUUUCAAAGAUAAAAGAUUUUGGAACUUUUCUUUCUGAUUUGCGCUCAGAUCAAGGAUUUGAAAAUAUCUUAAGUUUUGCUGUAGAAAUUGUUGGACAACUAACACCAAGAUCUGACAAAAAAGUGAAUUACAAGCAGCUCUACUUUCAGAUUAUUGAUAAUCUUGUCCAGAUGCUAGAGGAUAGAUUUGAAAAUUGUGAAAAUAUUUUAUCUCGGAUCAUGUCAAUCUUAAUUUCUUUUCCCAGUGGAAAGAUAAUUUUCCAAAAGAGAAUUUCCAACUUUUAAAAAGCAGAUAUGGUAGCUUUUAAAUAUUCCUCUGCUGGAUAGCAAGCUGCUUUUUGUCUUCAGGGACAACGAUUUCCAAAAAAAGUUCUUACAUGGAGUUAUUAGAGUAUACGUAUGAUUUUGAAUUGCAUACUUGCUUUCCUGAAGUAAUCUAACUCCUCAAACUGAAUGCAGUGAUUGCAGUAUCCAGUGCCUCAGCUGAAAGAUCAUUCUCAUAUCUAAGGAGGGUUAAAAACCUACCCGAGGAAAAGAAGGGGACAGGAAAGACUGGCAUCUUUGAGCAGAAUAUCUAUACAAAAGGAUGUUUUGAAAAAGUUUGAAAAUUAGAGAAAUUUAUUCAAAAACCUAGAAGGCAUGCAAAACUUGUACAGCUGCACAAUUAUCUUUCUUGUGAUGGAUUAGUGAGGGUCCUUGCCCAAUCAGCUGCAGAAAAUAAUGAAAAGUUUCAGCAGUUCCCUCACUUUAGUGACAAGAAACCUUCAGAAAGAAAGACAGUUUUGUUUUUUUAGACGAGGGUACAACAGUUAGAAGAGUACAUCUACCAGGGACAGUUAAUAACAGCAAACAAAGAGUUUAAGAAGGAAAUUGACAGAAUAACAACAGCAGGAUUGCAGAGAUUCGCCCAAUAUAGCCGAGCUCUUGAGAAAGAAAUCAAUACCAUUGAGCCUGAAGAAAAGAAUAUUAGAUGGUGUCCUACUACCAGCAAUGACAUAUGUAGCAGAAGACACUGACAAAAAAGGCAGAAGGACAAACUUGCAGUUGCCCAACGAAGCAUGGAAAGGGCAAGGUUAAACAUCACACAGUGAAAUAGGUGGAGAAACGAAGAGGUGAGGUCACAGACGAAAGUCACAGACAUCCUGGAAAAGGUAGAAAAGCUUAAAUGGCAAUGGGCAGGAUAUGUCGCACGGAUGGAUCCGGCAAAAAUGGGCAAAGAAGGGCACAGAAGAAACAAGAAGGCCAAAGCGAAGAUGGCGUGAUGAGCUGCACAACAUCGCAGGUAUCACCUGGAUGAGGAAAGCACAAGACAGAAAGUCGUGGAAGAGUUUGUGGAGGCCAUCAGCCUGCAGUGGGCUUAACGGUUGAUGAUGAUGAUGAUGACAACUGUUAUUAUGAGGACGGAAAAACUAUGCUCUUCAGAGGCUGGUGAUGUAAAGCUUCUUGAUUAAACAUCUUAUGACUAUGGGUUAAAUGAACUGUCCUAUAUCCCUAGUGUGGCUAGCACUUCUUCACUUUUUGCAUCAUAGCUUUUCAAGAAGCUUUUUCAAAAGGUUGUUCCCACAUUUAAUGUCAUGUCCCCUCAACCAUACUUUGUUCCUUGGAGGUUUGUUGAGUUCAGAAAGCCUGGCAGCAUACAAUUGUAAAAUGUUGUAGCAGAUCCACAGAAAGUGCUACAUAAUAUAAUUGACAAACUAAAGGAUGAUAGAGAGAGAAUAUUCCAUGCCACAAAAGUUUUAGAAUCUCUUGUUUGAAAUGCAAGCAGCUACUUAAUUACUGGAACUGAUAAGAUUAUAGUUAAUAUCAUAUUAGCUGAAUUUUUUAGAAAGCACGGUUUUUUGCAUAGAUUCAUAAAUUUACUUUUAAAUUCAUGGAUGCUGAUACAAAUGAGAUUCUCGCAUUCAAUUUCUUCAUCAGCCUUCGUCAUUUCGUAGUUGUAUGAGAGAGCGCAACGCAUGCGCCAACCAGUUGCAACAGUUCUUGUGCUAGCUAGACACAUGUUUCGAUUGUCGACUCGUCAACGACAAAAAAUUCCAAAGUUAUCAAGCAGAAGUUCUCUGUCGACUUCAUUGUCCAGUAAAGUUCCAUUUGAAUCUUGCUUGCUCGACUUAUCUGCGCAAAGAUUUUUUUGCUUUAUUUUGCUAUUUAUUUUGCUAUGAAGACAGACAUUCUAUCUCAGGCAAAAUGGCGUCCUCUUACAAUUGGGACGUCACCAUAUAGGAUUCUUGCAAACCCAAAGGCAAAUAAUCUUCUGAUGGUUACAAUUGUAGCUUGUUGGAAAAUUUUGAUUUGCAAUCCUUAUUGAUCAAUAUUCAAGCAAAUGUGGCUCAAAACAGUCAAGUUUUGGCUUUCCUAGUUUCUGAGAGGAAUGGAAGCCCCUUUUCUGAGAUCGAGGGACCUUGAAAGCAAAUAAUGUAGCAUCCAUGAAUGCCAACAAUGUAGCAUCCACGAAUGCUAAUACUAAUUCUCUUAGGAAAUACCAUUCGUAAAAAAAUUUCAUAACCUGAAAAAAAAAGUUGGAAAAGAUUUCAAAAUAAAAAAUACAAAAGAAAUUUUCUUCUUAAAUGAAGAGAAAACGAAAGUCAAGGAGCUUAGGUAUUUAUCUUAUCACAAUUGUAAAUCCUACUGUUGCACAGUAAAAAUUUGUUCAUUUUUCAAUUUAUACGCUGCCAAUAUAUCAUUCUUUAAAUUAUUGAAAUUAUUUGAAGACGGUAUAUUUAAUUUCUGAUUGUUAAGAAAUCUUUAUCAGUGUUUAAAUUUACAUAUUUUAAUAUAAUGUACAGGCCAAUAUAUGCUUGCAUUUUCAUCAAAAUUCUAAAAAAAUAUUUUUAUUUCUCUAAUUCUCUUUCAGACCAGGGAUGACUAUAAUUUUGAAAAUCCAAAAGAAGAAAAGAAAUAAGCAGCAUAGGAGGGAAUUUCCCUUCUACAGAAAGGAAUUUCCCUCCUUUUGUAAUAAUUUUUAUUCAGGAACUUUCCCGAUUAUAUCUGUGAAUAAUAAUAAAUAGUUUUGUUCUUUUUAAAUAUGUUCCGUUGUUAAAUAUGUAAUAGUUUUGUUGUUUUUAAAUAUGUUCCGCUGUUUGUUUGUUUCUUUUCAUAUUUUAAAAUAUGAAAUUUCAAAAUGAAAGAAAAAAACAAAUUUUCUAUUUAGACAUUUAUAUUGAUAGAAUGGAAAAAACUUUAAAUUGUUGUUUUCUUUCAAAUUAUAUGACCAACAUUCCUUCAUAUUCUGCAUGUUAGUUUUAUUCAAUCUUCAUAGUUGCAUAUCACUAUAAAUUUAGGGUUUAUUUUUGGCUGUUUGAGAUGUUGAUAGAAUGGAAAAAACAAAAACAUUACCUGCCUGUUUAUGCAAGCCCUUGUGCCAUCAGAGGUAAAAGGCCCACCAAUUUCAGAAUAUCUUGCAGGCAUUUUGAACACAAAAUUUUCUGCAGACUUUGACCUUGAAAAAAGGAAAGAAGUUCUUAGUAAGUACAAGGUCCCAAAAAUCAACACACCAUUGUUUGUAUCCAAGGUCAACCCAGAAAUUUGGGGAAAAUAGAGCCCUUACGUAAGAAGAAACAAGAUAAAGUACAAUCCAAGAUACCACCCUUCUUAGAUUAACAGGUGCCUAUUCUUCUUCAAUGGAAGAUUCGGUGAAGGCAUGCGAGGAAAAUAAAACCCCUGUCUAUAAAUCAAUAAUAUCCAAGUUUUUCGAUACAAUUGCAAUUUUGGGUCAUGUUAACAAAGAGCUCUCGUGCAAACAAAGAGAGGCUUUGCAGUCAAAUUUAAGUGAGGAGUUUAAGGAGGCUUGCUCAUGCAGUCUGAAACCAGGCAAAUUUGUCUUUGGCAAUAACCUACCGGAAACAUUGAAAACCCUUCAAGCAACAUAUCUAAUUGUUAGUGCAGCAACUAAAACCAACCACCCACAGCAAAAUUUUAGAAUGAACAAAAAUUUCAGUUGAGGCCUUUUUUAGGGCAGAGAGGCCUUACAGUCAACAAAAAAACUCCAAAACCCAACAAAAGUUUACAAGGAAGAGAUUCACAAAGAAUUAGAAAAUGUCAAAAAACAGGUAAUUGCUUUUCAACUUGUCAAAGACAAUGUAAUAACUUAUCUUAGUUCCAAGGUGAAAGAUUUUCAUGCAGGUCAACUUUCUGAGCAUUUGUCUAAUUGGAAAUCUAUCACUUCAGAUCAAAGCAUUUUAGAAUCAAUAUCCGGGGGAAAAAUUGAAUUUGUCAUUGCUAUUCCAUUACAAACUUAUCCAUCUAAUUCUGUCUCAAAAGAACAUAAGGAUGAGGUUGAACUUGAAAUCAAAUAGUUACUACAGAAAGGGGUAAUUGUCAAGAGUGAGCAUGAUUUUGGUGACGGUAUUUCCCCAGGGCUGUCAAGUUUUGAAAAAUGAGACUAGGUACAAACACGCGUACGCUUACAAAUGAUAAAGAAGAAGCCUAAAUGUUGCAAAACAUGUAUUAUUGACUUCUGUAGCAUGGGCUGUUUGUCUACCAUCUAAGUGCAAAAUUAAUACGUUAUCCAAGAAUAAAACCACAACAAAACAAAUUUGAACUGUUUCAUAAUAAAUCUUGAGUAUAUAUUGAAUUUAUCUUUGACAAAAAAUGAAAGUUUCUCAGUUUAUUAAUGUUUUUUUAAAUGUUCUUUGUUGCACUCCCAGCUGACCUCUUUACUUCGCUUAAGAACUUGAUCUGAGGGAUUGUAUUUAUAGCAUGGUUCUCCUGUUAAGCUGAAAGGCAAUGAUGCUAGACAAGGUGCCAUCUAGAGACAAGCUUGCUCUCUGAGGAGUCACAUUUUUUCUCACUCUGGAAAGUAAUGACUCAUUUUCUGCAUUGUUUGCAGUUAAGUCAGGACAACUUUUGCCAACUUGAAUAAUUGACCAAACUUAGGCUUUUGUGUCCCAGGAACUUUUAAUUCAUUUAGAUGGUACCAGAGAACAUCAAUUCUGUAUCUAACAGCUUCCCCUUGUUUGGCCAGCUCUUAUUGCUGCUUGUUCUCUAACAUGGCAUUGUCUCUGUUUUAAAACUGGUUACUCCAGGGUGUUGGAUGGCUUCUGUGGACUUAUGUGCAUAUUACAGUGUUAAACUUCACCCAAGUCAUCAAAAAUCCUUCAACUUUAGAUACAAUGAUGAGUUGUGUAAGUAUACAGUAUAUCCAAAUGGCUUAGCAAGCUGUCCAUGCAAAUUUACGAAAAUAAUUAAGCCAGUUAUUUCAAAAUUGCAUGUUGUAUAAUUAUAACUUCUUUUUGAAGGAAUCUCUAGGAUACAGUUUUGAUAAGAUCCUUGGAUGCAUUGGUAUACAAGAAUUAGACCAUGAACAUAAGGUCAUGUCAAGAAGAGGUCUCCAUUUAUUAAAUAUGUAAUGGCAGUAAAGAAAGCUUGGUUGUCAAAAUUUUUUAUUUCCUUGGUUAUUAUGAUCGACAAAGGCUUUCCCUAACUUGCAAAGGAUUUGAAACUAAUGUUUUGAAUCAUUUUAAGUCUGAAAAUGUUUGGGAAGGAUUAUUAAAGCACCAUUACUUGGUUGAUAGGAAAUUGAAUGGGAAAUCCUUUAAAGAGCCUUUCAGAGCAAUGAACAUGUACUGUUCUAAUGUAAAGGGAGCUUACAAUUGUGAUCUUGAUCCUCAAAGAAUUACAAUGCAAUUAAGCCAUGAACUUUCUUCCAAUGACAUUAAAAACAGUGAUCUCUGCCAGCUUCUAAAACUAUUUGGUGAGAAUAGAAAGCCAAGUGCUCUAGAAGUUCUUAUUUAUUUUGCUGCAAAAAAUAUUAAUACCAUCUUCACUGAGUGCCUUAACUCAAGAAAACCUUCCAGGGCCAGACAUUUUCUGUGUCUGACCUUAGGGUGGGAACUGAAGUGCUUAGCACACCGUUUAUUCUUCUACUUAUUAACCUUGUUAUUGCUAAUAAUGGUAACCUUCAAUUAGAUAGAUGGAAAGAUAAGCAAAGUCUUUUCAAAUUGCUUGCCAUCAUGGGUAUCAGAGAAAAACUUUUUGAGCCAAGAGCAAUAAAUAAAACCUAAAAGGUUAUUUCAAAUUAAGUUUCACUCACAUGUAGCGAGAACCUUAUGACUGUUUUAGAUAGAACCAGUCUUUCAUUUUCCUAUGCUUCAGACAUUAAAAAUCAGCAAGUUAGCUAUGAUACUGUGGAACAAAGUUGGAAUACGGGCAGCUUUACAAAGCACUGAGUCAAAUAUGCAUUGGAUCGAGUGUGACAAUUUGGAAACCAUGUUGAAGUCCACCUCCAUAUACAAUGCCAACAUUGACCCAUUUUCUAACAUCACAGCUUAAAUAUAUAAAUGGUGCUUAUACAGUAGUGGGUCCAUACAAAAGAAAGGCAAGUCAUUUUAUUGAAAAAUCUUGUUUCCACUUAACUGAUGAUGACAAGGCCAAGGAAGCAUUUUUUCUCAACAAAUGCAUGCAAAAAGUUGUACAGCUGCACAGUUAUAUUUCUUAUGAUGAAUUGGUGAGGGUCUAUGCCCAAUAAGCUGCAGAAAAUAAUGAAAAAUCAAGCAGCUCCCUCACUUUGGUGACAAGAAACCUUCAGAAAGAUUUUUAGACAGUGUUGAUGUUUUAGAUGAGGGAACAACUGUUUUUCUAAGGAUGGAAAAACUAUGCUCCUCAGAUGCUUGUGGUGUUAAAAUACUUCUUGAUUUAACAUCUAAUGAAUAUGGGCUAAAUGAACUGUCCUAUAUCCCUAGUGUGGCUGGUAAUCCUUUCUGCAUAAAAGCUUUUCAACAAGCUUUUUCAAAAGGUUGAUCCCACAUUAAAUGUCAUGCUCCCUCAACCAUACUUUGUUCUCUGGGGAUUUGUUGAGUUCACAAAUCCUGGCAGCAUAAAAUUGCAAAGUGUUGUAGCAGAUCCACAGAAAGUGCUACAUAACAUAAUUGAAAAUUCAAGAAUGAUAGAGAGGGGAUAUUCCAUGGCAUGAAAGUCUUAGAAUCUCUUGCUCGAAGUGCAAGCAGCGAUCAUAUUACUGUCAUAUUUAGAAUACUACCACCAAUACUCGUAUCGAAAUAUCCAAGGCUAACAUGCAUCAUCAACUCCUUUGAAAUCAAAAUCGAAAACCACAAGCAACAUAAAGUCAGAACACAAUGCUAUUCAAGCUAUAAGAAGACCACAACAGUGAAAUUUCUCAUUGCAUGUCAUCUAAUAGGAAGUGUCGAGAAUCUGGAUAGUAUCUAGUACUGCUAAAUUUUUCAUAUGAUGUAGCAAUCAAAAGAAGGUCAUCAAUAUUAGCACAUAUUAAAUGACACUUCAUCUCAAUGUGGAUUCUUUCUCUUUCUCUCUCGAUGUGGAUAGAAGUGGCUUUAAGAGUUCAGUGAAUUUUCUUGGACAAAAACAAAGUCCAUUGGAGUAGACCUGGUACUUCAAGAGUUUAUCAUGAUAAAUGAAUUUUAGGUACUUUUGAGACAUAAUUUAUCUUUACACUAUAGUAUGCAUCUUUCAAGUCAAUUGAUGCCAUCCAGCAGUCUUUUGUCAUUGAUGAUUAAUUAGUCCAAUACACACUUAAUAGUGUCCAUUUGACAUUAAUGUAUUCAAUGUGUUUAUUUAACUGCUUUAAAUUAAAUGAGUGUCACUUUAUUGGGACUGAAAAUAUGGGAGAAACCAUUUUCCUGAGUGCAUUCUUUAAUCACACCCUUUUUCUGGAUGUUUUCUAUUUCUAGGUGAAUAAGAGCAGUAUGUUCCUUUGCAAUUGAAUUUGUUGGUACUGUUUGUAACUUUUGUGUUUGUGUAAUAAAUUCGAUUUUUUCACCUAUAACUGUUUGCAGUAUUGUUUGAUCUGUUGUUAAGGUCUUCCAUCGUGCUAAAUGGUGUGUAAUUUGUCCACCAACAAAUGAGGCAACUUUGUACUGCAAAUAUGAUUUUAUGUGUUUUUCGAAUAAACACACAAAAUUAUGUACCUGGGACCUUUUUGUCAGAACUCCUUGUUUUAAUGCUUGUAUGUUCCCAUUUGCUGUUUCUUGUUGAAGCCUGUAUUCUGCUUCUGAAAAAAGGACUGGGUCUGAGAUCGGUUUUGAAACUGUUGGGAAGAUACCCUUCUCUUGCUAGAUAAAAAAGGGUUGUUUCUCUGAUUUUGUUUGUAUGAUGAAUAUCUAGGUUUAAACUGAGAAUCACGAGCCAUAAUUUUACCAUCAAAUUUGGAAUGGGCCAUGAUUUUUGUUAAAUCAUAGGCAAACAAGAGUUGUUGUGGCUUAUUAGAACGGGCAUAAGCAGGCUUCAAAUCAUUGCUUAGCAGUGGUUUUAAGGAGUCUCUGCGUUCAUAAGACAGCUCAGUAUUAACAUGACCCAAUAGGGCUAUAGAAUCAAAAAGGCAUGUGGCGAUUACUUUGCCGUCAGGAGAUCUCUGGCUAUCUCUGCAUUUUAAAAGCUCAUCAACUGUAAUUGAAAGGGCAUUUGUCACUCUGACAAUGUUAUCUUGCAGAAUGGACAUACACAAGUCGUGUUGCCUGUGAAAACCCUUGAUUUUUUACCACAUUUGCUGAUUUGUUUUGGCAACAAAGACUGCUCAUUUAUUUAUAUUUUUCAGAAAUCUCCUUUCGCUUUACAAGUCUCAGUUCUGAGGCAAAUUUUUCAUUAACAAUUUUUUAGAUUUUGUCAGAAAUUGCUGGCCCUUGAAUAUCGAUAGAUGAAAGUAAGAGCUCAACUGAUUCUAAAAAUUGAUCAGUAUCAUCACCAGGGUAUUUUCCACCUUCAAAGUCUUCUCCCCCAAAGAAACUCAUUUCAUCUUGUUCACCAGUCCUAUUACUGGGUUUAGGGGUAGCAAUUUCCCUCUUGGAGAUUGUAAAUCUGAAGCUGGUUAUUGUGCUCACUGCCAAUAUAUUAUUUUUACCUACAGGCCCUGUCUUGAGCAGUUUGGGGCUCAUGAGAGAAAAUUCCUUGUUCACGAGAGCAAAUUGAUGGAACUUUUUGCAUUGUGCACCUUCUGCUUGUCACCUGGAUGAAAAGCAACAAUCACAUCUAUCAUUGGAGCCAUGGUCAUUAUAAGUCAGAUGUGUGACAAAUGUGGUGAAACCAGAAUAUGGUGUAAUUCACCCUACAUUGAAGCUGUACCUUCUUGUAAUUUGUUACUGUCUGGUGCUAUACUCUUUUCUGGUGGGCUUCCUGGAAAAAUUCUGAAAUUUCUCAGAUUUUUUGGUGCAGUGACAUACAGUCAUAGAACCUACUUCAGGCUCCAGAAAGCAUAUCUUUGCCCAGCAGUGCAGAGUAUUUGGCAAAAUGAGAUUGCAGCUAUCCAGCAAGAAAUUCGUAAAAACCAGCAUUACACUGUUAUAGGAGGUGAUGCGUGUUGUGAUUCAAUGGGUCACUCUGCUAAAUAUGGUAGCUACACUUUUGUGGAGCUUGGCCUGAACAAAGUCUUGGAUCUUGAACUUGUCCAGUCCAAUGAAGUUGGUAGUAGUUAUCAUAUGGAGCAAGAAGGGCUUAAAAGGAUCAUGAAUCGCAUGAAAGAAAAUUCUAUCAAUAUCUCCGCCAUUGUAACAGAUGGUUAUUGUAAUUGUAAUCAAUCCAAAAGUGGCUUAGGGAGAAUAGUAAAGAUACAAAGCAUUUCUUGGAUGUGUGGCAUGUUGCAAGAGGUCUUGCAAAAAAGAUGGAUGCUUUGGGAAAAAGACCCAAUUGCUCUCUUGUAAAUAGAUGGAGCAGAAGUAUAAUCAACCACCUCUAUUGGUGCGCAGUUAGCUCUGGGGAUAAUGGUGACUUGAUGCUUGCAAAAUGGAACUCUGUAGCAAAUCAUAUCUGUAAUAUUCAUGAAGGACAUUCAGAUUUAUACCCAAAAUGUAGUCAUAAAUCGUUGGAUGAUGAUCCAAGGGAAUGGUUUGAAGCUGGUAAGUCCAUUGGUGGUUGCAAAUUUGUGCACUAAAUUUGUGAAAUUUACUCCUGAAUUUUUAUUUUAAAUCUCUACUUCUAGAAAGUAAAUUCUAUGACAUCUGGUAGGUAUAUUUCUUGUUUCCAGGCAUGUGCAUUACAUUUCUGAUAUGGGUAAUUCCAUGUCAAAUUUUAUAUAGAAGUCAUGAAUUGUCACCCACCCUCUCAGAUUUUGAUGAAUUCUACAAUAUUGAUUCAGUCCCAGGAGAAACCACCUCACCCAAAAUUUCAGCACAAUAGGUUAAAGCGUUCCGGAGAUACUGCCAGUCAAAAGUUGGCUCAUUUUAGGGCGUGGUCCGCCCAAAAUUUGUGCCAGCGAUAAAUAAUAACAUUCAAAGUCCUGUGAAAGUUUUUUUUAUCACAAUAUUUACAUCAAAUUAUCAACACAGUACAUUCUGAUAGUGCAGAUUUCAAAUAUGACCACCAAAACAUCAACAAAGCAAAGCUAGUUACUCAAAAAAUAGGUUAAAAGUUUAUAUUAGACUUCUUAGAUUUUGUGACUAGCCAAUUUGAAUGUCAUUUUUUGCAAAGUCUGCAAAAUUUUUAAGAAUUGAAAAUAGUACCAGCUGAAAGCUCUUGAAUUGGGCUUUUUAACCAUAUAAAUAUUAUCAUUUGUAUAUUCAGCAUUACUGAGAUUAUUUGAGUUAUAUAAGAGUAAUAAAAUUUGCGAAACUUGCCUCACAACCAUUCUGUAUGCCAAAUGGCUGGCAAAAUAUUUGUCAAAACAUAUAGUAUUUCUUUUAAAAAACAUAUAGAAGUAGAUGCCUAAGAUGAAAACUAUUACUCAUUUACUUCAAGAUACCAUUUCUUAUGUUAAAAAACUUCUGGAAUGUUUUGUUAAUGUUGUUUAAAUCAGCAUGUUUUAUGCUGUAUGUCCUUCCAGUUGCUGUUACUGGAGCAUCAAUCUUCACCACCAAGAAAUCAUUUUCUGGAAUGCAACAAACAUCAGCUUUAGCUGGCCAUACAAAGGUCUGUGCUGGGCCUGAGGGAUGAAAAAAGUUUACUUUUGCAUCUCUUUCUUCUUUGUUUAUCACUUCAACCAUGCCAAUCCACCACUUGUCAUCAUAAACGCAUGCCACAAAAUCAUUCUCUUGAACAUCCUUUAAGGUUAGAGCUUUGUAUAUUUCUCCUUUGAAAUUGUGGGUUCCUGAAAAACUGUCAUCUUCUGAUGUACGCUUGUAAGCAAUCUCAUAGGGACCAAUUGGUUCAAAGUAAUGGAAGCUUCUUGUUCCUGGUACUGUUGAUCCCCAGGCAAAACAGUCUUCCAAGCCCUCUCUGACUGACAUCAUUACCUCAUUUGUUAUAAAAAUGAAACUGAUGUUAUUUAUAUUUUCACUGCAAGAGAGAAACAUAUCCUUUGCAGUUAAAAUCUGUUGUGAAAUUGGUCUUUGUAAACUUGCCCUAGCUGUCAGUCUAUUAACUGCUCCUCCGAUGCCAUCGCAUGGGGACUUGCCAUGGCUUGAUGCAAAGAAUGUCCCGUUUGCAGAUUACAUAAAAUCUUGCUGAUGGAGUGUCAAGUUCAAGAAAUUUUUGUAGUUCUUGUAUUGGGAAGCACAACCAUCAGAAAAAUAUUCUAGUUUGCAUAUUUUUGGCAAUUUAGUUUUGAUGACCUGUGUUAAUUCUUUUUGAAUCUGAUAUACCAAGCUGGUGUCAUGUUCCAGAUCAUCUGAUAAAAUACAGAAGGAGUUCUGCAUCAGUGUCUCAUCUUCUUUGAAAUAUACAACAAGUGGGUGCAAGGUACAGCCUCACAGAUUGGGUUACAGUGCAAAUAGUGAUGCAGUCAAUGAUUGGGUGAACACAGCCCAUGUUCAUGCUAAACUCAAAGAAAAGUUGAAUGAGAAAAUAAAAUUAUCAACAUCCUGCGUCCACAAGGAGACUACUCCAGGGGCAAAGAAAGUGAGCAAUUCAAAUAUUCAAUUACUUUAUACAAAACUGGUUCAUUAUGGCAAAGAUCCCUUUGAUGGAAACACAAGGGUUAUCACAACAGGAAAAGAAACAGAUGAAACCAUAUUUAAUGAUGUUUCCAAAGCUGCAGAGGUAGCAAACCCAGCGAGGUAGCAAAUGCUGACAUCCAGAACAUCAUCUCUCUAUCGAUUGUUCAUGGAACUCACCCGGGGAAGAUUUUAUAGUUUUUUGAAAGGCUGGUAACUAGCAUUCAAACCCUGCAAACAAUGGGAAAACUUAAGAUUAUGAAUUGAUAUGCAAGAGCAAUGCUGGACAAGCUACCUGGGAUUGGAGCAGACCUGGUUAGAACAGACGAUGCCUGGCAGGAAUGGGGAUUCACUCAGCUGGUAGAGGCAUUGGGAAAAUGGUGCGAAAGGAACCCAUUUCACUCAGAUGAACAGAGCAAGCAGCAAGAAACUCAUAGCCGUGAUAGAGUUUUUCAAUCAGAUGACAAAAUGGGAAGGCCACGAGGUUGCGUCUAUUGCCAUUAGCCAGGACAUAAAUCAGCAGAAUGCGACAAAAUCAAGAGUUUGGCGGAGAGGAAGAGACUGCUCAGUGAUGAGAAGCUGUGUUUCAAUUGUAUAGGUGGCAAGCAUCGUGCCGCAGAAUGCUGUAGCAAGAUUAGAUGCCAAAGGUGCAUUGGUAAACAUCGCACAUCCAUUUGUGACCAAGAGCAUCAACAAAUUCUUAGCUAGAUCUUUCUGUAGCAAGAGUAUAUAAAUAGACAAGCAUUAUAGAAAUUAUUUUCAACAAACCAAUCAGAGGAUCAACAAGCAUAGUAGUGAGCGUAUCAAUUAGCAAGAGUUAAGUAAUCUAUCAUAGCGAAUUAAUCACAAAGGGAUUGAUUCUGUGAGUUCAUUCCUGUGAGAGUUUAUUGUAGUGGAGAACUAGAACAAAUUCCCGACAAAGUGGAUUGUCUCUUAAUCCAGCCAACCCAUCCCUGGAAUGUCUCUUUGUGCAGACGCCAAUAAAAUGAAGUAGCAAUUUGGACCUAACCAGUCUACCCAAUUGGAUCGGAGCAGGUUCCAUACCUGGUAAAUGUCUGCAGUUAAACGGUCUCAGCAGUGUAAGGUCGAUAAACUGCCCCUGCUUGAUUUUUUCCACCAGAUUGCCAGGGACAGGAGGUGAGGCUGACGAAACUGCAAUGGGGGCAGGCUGAGUUGGGGUAGAAUUAUCAUGGUCUUCCAGAUUAUCAUGGCUAGUCCCAGCUUCAGGGCAUAACUUUCUUGAGGGGCCCAUAGCCAAUACAGCCCCCAGUGACCCGGGCUGAAAGGCCAAAAUGGCCCCCAAAAUUCUGUUAAGCGAAGUUUCAACAUUUGAGAACCGCUUCAUGGCCUCCAUCCUUGUCAUUGUCUCUGGGGGGUACUACGGCAUCUGUCACACCCGUCACUUCUGAUGGCACUUGUGAAUACGAAUGAUCCAUAAUAAUGUAUGCACUCAUAACUACGUCUAUCAAUACCAACAAAUGAAAAAUCAGUCCACCUUGAGAGGUUAACAAAAAUGCUGACUGUUUUGACAUUGUCAAGUCUGAAUUUGUCCACAUGCUUCAGGUAAGCCUAUUUUAUGGUUUCCAUAAAAUCUUAAGAGUCAGGAAUGUGUUGCCGUGCCCUUUUUCCAUAUUCCAUAACGAUCAAAGAAAAAAUAUUCCCAUUGAUUGGGGACAAGUUGAAACUUUUAGGCAUCAUUCGUUCUUCAAUGAGUAGUUUGUCUACUGCAUUUCACAGGAUAUUGGUCCAAAACACAUCCCAUGUGACUUAAGACGUUGUGGAGAUUAUUGCACCUUGAAAAAAGUCAUAUCUCAGACCGCUAUCCAAUACCACACAUACUUAUCUUUGCAAGGCAAUGUUUUGCUGAAAAUUGAUUUGGUAAAAGCAAAAAAUCAAAUUCCAGUUGAGCCAUCAGAUAUUCAAAUAAUUGCCAUCACAAUGCUGCCCUGACUUUUCAGUGCUUUAUGGAUGAUGUGCUACAAAUUCUUUAUUUAUGUCGCCUAUAUUGGCGAUGUUCUAAUUGUAAGUACUACAUAUGAGAAGCAUUGGCAUCAUAGAUAUUAAUUCUAUCCAUCACCCAACCUGCCAAUGCAAAACAAAAUGGCGAAGAACUUUGCAGAUCAGGGUUUCAACCACUUUACAGUUUUGUGACUUUCCACUUUUACAACUAAACGAUUAACUAAAACACCUCUAUAGACAAUCCUUGGCCAUAUGUUCUGAAAAAAUUUGUAAAGUAAAUCACAAAAAUCUAAUGACAUCUAUUAUAGAAGACAAUGCUUGCUUUAAAGAAUUUGAGAGAGAAAGCCAAAGUUUUGAAGUGUCUUGACUUUUAGAAUUAAGAUACAUGAGAGAAAGAAGCUGAGAAUCCUGAAAGUACACAGAAAAGGUUGCCUACAAUUAUAUGACAAUUGGAAAACCCAAUGUGGAUAAAAAAAAGUUGCACAUUCUUAGAGACGAUCAUUACCACUAGAAAACCAAAUCAAUGGGGUUAGAAUUUUUUGAUACUGAACCUUUUUGGCCAGUUUUUCCCAAGAUCAAAGAAGGUAAAAUGAAGAAGACAUACAUUGCUUUAUUAAAGGGGCAGUACCACUGGGACAACCAAGUUAAAACUGGUGCAAAAAUUGAGUAGAUUUAGCUUUUUAAAUUCCUUCAGGAAAUUGUGUAUUUAAGGAGAUACUGCUAGACAUGAGAACUCAGAAAAUGUAAAAACAUUUAAUGCUGCAGCUAGGUCAGGUCAUCACAAUAGGUCAGGUCACAACCACAGGUAAGGUCACCACCACAGGUCAGUUCACCACUGCAGUUUAGGUCAGCACCACACGUCAGGUCACCACCACAGGUCAGGCCCCCCCCCGCACAGGUAAGGUCACCACCACAGAUCAGGUCAUCACUACAGGUCAGGUCACCACAACAUGUCAAGUCACCACCAUUGGUCAGGUCAGGUCACCACCAUUGGUCAGGUCAUCACAACAGGUCAGGGCACCGCCAAAGGUCAUGCACUACUUUGUAAUACUACCACCAGAAACAAACACAAUAAUUGAGGUAUGGAAAGGCAUCAGAGAUAAUAAUGUUGUGGGGAAGUAUGUUAUCUCGUUGUUUAUAAUAAUGUAUUUCUAUUUGCUUUCCAAGCUUGCGAUUUUUUAGCCUUAUUCAAUUAUAUUAGCUAUAGUCCAUUCCAGUCCUGUUUGUUCAUUAUAAAUUAAGUUACAUGAAGUCCCUCCUAACAUUCCUUGGUGCUCAUAAUUGGCGGGAAAUGUCACUGCGCACAUUGUUCGCGCUUAGACCUUACAUAUUUGCAAGCAAAUUCAGACCUUAUAUAUUUGCAAACAAAUUCAGAACUUAGAUAUCUGAAAUUUCCGACAACAAUUUAUAAAUACCAAGUGGACAUGCAUUAAGUUAGAGGAAAUAACGUUGAUAUGAAUUGUACAACAGAUUUAUAAUAGAUUUAAACAAUAUAUUUACAAUGACAUCAUAUAUUUUGUAUAAUAGACUUUUGUCCCAUAUGGCGGGGCAUACACCAAUGCACUUUCUUGUCCAUCCAAGUUGAUGAAACAACAAAUUAGCAGCUAAGUGUCAUUGAACGUCUUGCUGGAAAUGGAGAAAUUGUUGAAAGGUUAUUGGAAUUUGUUAAUGUGAGUCAGGAUAGGUGAACACCAGCAAUAACUGAUGUUGUGAAGAACAUCUUAAGUAAAUAUGGAAAGUUUCUGAAGGAAAAAGCUAUUAUGCAAAUAGAUGUUGGUCGACUGUCAUGCCUGGGCACAAUGGUUGUGGCCAAACUCUUUAUUGUCAGGACUAGCCUUUAGCUAACUUUUUUAGCAUACUUCUCUCAAAGUACCUUUUACCAUCAUAAGUGCUUUCAGUAACUCUUCAAGGUUUAGCUCCAAUAGAAAAACUGCCUUACCACAAAAAGCAUUGAUAUUUCAAGCCAAGGGAGAGACAAUGCAAUGAAAGACCACAGAAGUUAUUUAGAGAGGUAUGAAAGGCUUCUUACUGCUUUGGAGGAGAUAUUUGAGGAGCCUUGAAGCUGGAAUGACAGUACCUUGAUGCAAGCAAAUGGUCUGUUACAGUACCUUAGUAGCUUUAAAUUUUGUUGUAUGUUAUGCUUGUUUGAUAAGAUUCUUAAGCAUUCAUUUAUAUUAUUUAGCAUCCUGCAAAACAUAUCAAGUGAUUUCUCUAUUGGUGUUGGCAAGAUUAAGAUUUUGCAUAUUUUUUGUCUAAGUUUUGCAGAAUUCUCAAAGAUGUUGGAUUUGGUGAUUUCUAUGAAUUAACAGUUUAUGUGGUUGGAUUACCUCGUUCAAGUUUUCAACAAUAAGCCAGAGAUCAUUGACAGUAAAGUUUUGAAUUUCUUUAUUGGGUAAACCUAGUGUUUGAAGAAGAGUGUUCCAGAUAGCAAGCUGGUGUUUUUGCAAGAUAUAUAUGGACUUCUCUUUGAUAUGUUUGCUCUAGAGAGCCAGCUACUUUUUAACUAUAAGGAUACAGAUUUUCACAAAGUAAGUCCCACAGAGGUAUAUAUAUUAUUACAAUCUUCAUCGAAGCCUGCCUGAAGCUGUCAGACGUCUGAAGCUUUAUGCUGUCAUCGCUUCUGUAAAAAGAUCAUUUUCUUGUCUAAGGAGAGUCAGGAUAUUCCUUUGCAGCAAAAUGAGUCCAGAUUGUCUUUCAUCUCUGUGUAGAAUUUCAUUUCACAAAGACAUUCUUAAGGAAAAGGAAAAUUAAUGGCAACUCCACAAUUUGAUAGUUUAAAUAAUUAGCCAAAAACGGAGGAGGCAAGGAGAAGCACAAGUUUUCGUUCCAAUCUCCCAGUGUUAUAUUUAUAUAUAUAUUCAUUUAUAUAUUAUAUUAAUUAUCAUAUUGCUGUCUAGAGUGCUCAACUUGUCGGAGCGAUUAGAUAGACUAAAAUAAACAGACUAUUGUGACACAACUCCGAGUUUCAUGUGUAGACAAUCAUCAGGUGUCUAAAAGAACACAAAUUAACGGCAAGCAAGAUACAAAGGUAAAAACGAAUAAUCGAACAAAAUCAAACAAAGUUAAUUGUGUAGAGUGAUAAAUCAUAGCAACUACAUUCUAAGAUCGAAAGUUGCUAAUCAAAAAUUUGUUCUGGUGGCUUAUAACUUCUGUUCUAUUAUUAAGUAUUUUAUUGUCCCCUAAAGAUUGAAUUAUAUAAAAUGUUUCUGUCAGGCAUAAUUUACAAAAGUUGCUUCUAGCUGUGCUCUUUAUUCUCUUGACAAUUCUCCAUUUAAUGGUUGGUAUCUUUCCUUGUUCCUUCAAUUUCCAAAUAUAUUUUGAAAGUUCAGUACUCUUUUUAUAUCUUUCGUGUUUAAAAUCUUUGUUAUGGUUAGCAUAUCGUAGUUUGAAUGUAUCUUCGGUAAGGCCAAUAUAUUUUUUUGAUUCAUCAUCUUUAUUGUUGCUAACUGUUGCUUCAUAUAUGAGGUUGGGUGUUAAACAUUCAUUUCCUAAUGGGCAGUCGUCUUUGUUUUUGCAGUUACAUCCAUGUUCUUCCUUGCUUUUUGGGUUUAAAACAGAAUUGUUGUAUGAGGAUAUUAUGGAACCUAUAUUUUUCAUACAGCUGUAACUAACUUUGAUAAUGUUUUUGUUAAAAAUUUUGGCCAGUUUUUCAUCAUCAGCCAAAUGUUUCUUUACAAGCUUCAAGAAGAUUUUGCCCAUGUUGGUUUUAACAUUCCUCGAGUAGGGUUGAUUAAACCAAAUAAUUUUCCGUUUGCGUUUCUUGUUAUCUUCAUUUUUCCUUUUCUUUGUAUCUUUGGAGAUGUAUUUAAAAUUGUCGUUAAAUCCACUUUUUGUAAGAGCUUCUUCAUAUACGGUCAUUUCUCUUCUAUAAAUUUAUUCCGUUGAUGAUAAUUCUGAAAUCUGUUUGUUGAUGCCUUUAGUUAGUUCUUUUAAUACUGUCGGCGGGUGAUUAGAUUGUUUGUUGAUGUAGACAGGAUUGUUAUUUGGUUUUCAAUAUGGUUGAAUAGUAUUGUUUUGAAGGUCCAGGGGUAUAUCUAAAAAGUCUACUGUUUUGAGAUUUGUCUUCAUUGUAAUGGAUAGUCCACACUCUUUUAUUAUUUGGAUUACUCACAUUCCAUAAAGACAGCCCAGAAAGGCCAACAGACCACGAUAGCAGGGAGUUCCUCAAGACAAUCCUCUCUACAUCAAGUCUACAGGACAGGUUGUGAAAUACAGCACUUGAAGUAGGGGCUGCGCUCUUUACCACGGCAAUAUAGUAUAAAGUUGCAUAGACCCUGAUUAGCAACCUACCUGAUUACGCUAGUAAAAUUACGUUUUAUCCAAACGCUGAACCAACUUUCAAAUCUUCAAAAAGCCUUCUGGAUCUUGUUCCCCUUCUACACCAGCCUAUGUCCAUAUCUCCGCCAACCCAAUCUGUUUCAAGUCUAAUUGAAAUACUACAGUCCGAUGAGCCUUCAUGAUCUUCAAGGCCAAAAGAAUCACCAAAUUUUCUGAAUAUCUAUAUAUAUAUAUAUAUAUAUAUAUAUUAUGCGAAGCUCACUGCGCAUGCGCUGUUUGAGCACUCUGGCAGGGUCCCACAAUCAAUCCGUUAAACUGCCUUGUUGCUCUGACAGCAUAGCUCGGGUUGUGUCUCAGACAAGCUCUGUGCUGCACUGACGAGCCCACAAAGGGCGAAACAGUACUGUCUGCAGAUUGAGUAUUACGCUCCCUUACACUAGUUUGGUCGAGCACUCUAUGUCUGGGACUCUGUGGGGACCUGCUUCUAGCAUUAUGCGAAGCUCACUGCGCAUGCGCUGUUUGAGCACUCUGGCAGGGUCCCACAAUCAAUCCAUUAAACUGCCUUGUUGCUCUGACAGCAUAGCUCGGGUUGUGUCUCAGACAAGCUCUGUGCUGCACUGACGAGCCCACAAAGGGCGAAACAGUACUGUCUGCAGAUUGAGUAUUACGCUCCCUUACACUAGUUUGGUCGAGCACUCUAUGUCUGGGACUCUGUGGGGACCUGCUUCUAGCACUAUGCGAAGCUCACUGCGCAUGCGCUGUUUGAGCACUCUGGCAGGGUCCCACAAUCAAUCCGUUAAACUGCCUUGUUGCUCUGACAGCAUAGCUCGGGUUGUGUCUCAGACAAGCUCUGUGCUGCACUGACGAGCCCACAAAGGGCGAAACAGUACUGUCUGCAGAUUGAGUAUAUAUAUAUAUAUAUAUAUUAUGUGUGUUUAUAUAAAGAUGAUCAGUAAAAAAACAACUUGAUUGACGUUUCGCUAUAAGCUUCUUCAGAAUAACUAACACAUACAUAUGGAGCGUAAAAUAAGGAAUACGAAAGAAAAGAACAAAAGGUAGCACAUUUUACAAGCAAGAACAAUGAUAGCUAAUUUAACAACAUAAUGAUAGUUUCUAAGCCCAGCCAGAGGUGAGAAAAGAUGGAUAAAUACAAUAGAUAAAAGAACAAUAGAAGUGCGAUAGCAGAUGGUAUAGCAUGCAGAAAAGUCAAAGAAAAAGAAACGGUAAAUGCUGUCUGUCCCAAAAAAAUCAAGAAACUAGGUAAAUAAAUAUAAUAAAUAUAAAAUGCAAAGAAAAGAAAGAAAGUAGAUAGAAAACGUGGAAAAAGUCAACAGAAGUAACAAGGAGAAAAUAUAUUUAUAUAUAUAUAUAAAAUAUAUUUUUCAGCUUCUUGUCACAGAUCUAUUUUUCACGCAUCUGUCAUUGUAUUUUAUCUGUUGAAUAAUAUGUUCCUUCUACAUUAUUUGGUUCUAUUGUUGCCUCCUAUAUCUACUUCAUAACAGGCUAUGCUUGAAACAUUAUAUUAAAUUUCGUUUAAUUUUCUUAUUACAACUUUACUAUAAUUCCUUGUUUUGUUCUAUAACAUUGUACAGCAGACAAUCUAGUAAAUGUGAGGAAUAGUUUUGCCUUGUAACUCAUAAUGAAUCUGAACCAGCCAUGACAAGUAUGAAUAAGCUAAAUUAUCAAGAGUUCGAAUAUCACGAAAUUUUUUAGCAAUAAUGCUCUCUAAACAUCAUCUUAACACAUGCUCUCUAAACAUCGUGUGUCAAAACGCAUUCCUUUAUAGGUUGACCUCAUUGACAGGUAGCUGAUUGCAAAAAAGAUUGCAAAUGUUGCAGGUAUCAGAUUAUUCAACCAGAAUGCCGCUAAUAUGACAGGUAUGAUUGGAAACCAAACUCAAAAUUUGUAUUUCCAAGCAGAAAAAAUAAUGGAAAAAGUUUGAAAUUUGUUUUACCUUGCCUUGCAUACUCGAAUCUAUCACCAAGCACUGUGUGAUCUCUUUGGAAGAAAAUCUGGUUAGAAUGCAUUUAAACAGGCUAGGUUUAUGAAAAGUCCUUCAACCGAUUUAUCUUCUGCACAUUAUAUAAUUGAACAGCAUCAAAAUAACCUACGAAUUGCUAAAACAACGACUCAAUGAACAAAAACAAAAAGUCAUUGAAAUUAAAAAAUGAGUCUCUAGACAAAGAAAGGUUGAAGAGGUUGAAGGUUGUAAAAAAGGUUGAAGAUUGCUUCUCUUGCAAAGUUUGUUCUUUCAUUUGCAAGAAAAUAUUCUGUGAUUUUCUAUGAUCGUCAUGAAUAUUUCUGUUCCCUGAAUAAGUAUGUUCCUCUAUUGUUGUUCCUGACUAAAAACAUCACGUGAUUCGUUAAAAUAAGGUUUCCAAUGUUUAAGGCGUGGGGUGGAUCUAAAUACCUGUCUAUUGCGACCACUCUACAAGUUCGUCAAAUGUGGUUGUGUGCUCGACUGUGCGAAUAUUUCACAUCAUUCAUUGACUUCAUACCUGCUAAUUUAGUAGAAGUGUACAUUAUUGUAUGUAUAAUAUUUUACGUAUACAGGGGUUUCAUUUAAAUCUUCCUAUAAGUAGCAUGAGCAUAGCAAUUUAGCUUCAAAUAUUUAGUCCGUAGUAUACGCCUAGCACUGAGGUUUUCAAAAUUCCUAUAAAAAAGUUUUUGAAGAAUUCAAUUAUAUACUGGUAGAAUCAACCAGUUACUUGUAAGUGUGUCUAUCUUAAUAACAGAAAUGCAGCGUGUGACCAUUUUGCACAAUGAAUUUUUUCAGCCAUAAGUUUUAGUGGGACUUCGCCAAUCUUUGCAUUAUCUUAGCACUUGUUUCUUGUUGAUCGCUACAUUACAAGGCAGUUAUCAUGAUAAAUUGAUGCUGUUCUUACAGCAACUUCAUAAUCAACAUUAAUUUAAUACCUCAAUGGCAUACCUGUAGAUCUUUGAAUAGACAUGGGAGAAGAGAGAUAUGACCGAAUAUAUACUUUUGGGAGAAAAAUGAGCUGCCAGAAAAGAAAGUGGCAAUCAAAGAAAGGACAUUAGAAGAGAAGAGCAAGGAAGAAGUCUUUCAUCAGUGGUAGAAAAUUUGAUUAUUAUGACUUCAAUAGUUUCUUAAAGUUAUAGCAUAUCAUAACUCAGGUUUUGUCAAAUUUUCUCUGGUUUUCUUGCAUAAAUAUCAACCAAGAAAAGAAGAAAUGAUAAGGAUGAGGAAACAAAACAUUUGAAAGCAUUGUAGAGGGACUGCAAAUGCUAAAAAUUUUCCAUGUUUUGUGAAAGACUUUGUUGCCAGAUUGUUUUUCAGUUCGGUUCAUUCAGUUCAGUUUGUUUUUCAGUUCAUUUCAUUUUUAAAAAUCUAUACACACAAAUCUUUUGAAAUACAGCAACAGGUUACAAAAGAUGAAAGAUAUUACAUACAAUAAGAGAAAUAGAGAACAAG